GGCGCCAAACGUUGUAGAGAAUCGUUUCAUGAUCUUGUAAUCGGAGACAACACGUACACUAUGUCAGACCAAAGCCGAAUUUUCGUGUGGACCAUGCUGUUAUCGUCUUUGUGUCAUCCAAUACAAACAUUUCUGUUGUCUGGAGGCGAUGUUUGUUUCGGAAUAUGCAACUGCGUUGAAGAUGAUAUGGGAUGGAAUUUGAACACCAUAUACGAAACCAAAGUGAAACUGGUGCGAUGCGAUGCGAGGGAUCUCAGAUCUAUACCAAACUUUGCAAUUCAGAAUCUUCCUACGGGAUUUUACCCCGGUGGAAACAACUUUUCCGUUGACUUGCAUAGCAAUUAUAUACAAACUGUUCCUGAUAAAGCGUUUGGGGACCUUCCAAAGCUGUCCAGCCUUGACCUCUUUGGAAUUAUUCUAAACGAUAAUAAAAUAUCGUCCUUAAGCGAUUCCGCAUUUCUUGGUCUAGAAAAUACUAGAGUUGUUUUAGAUCUCGAACAUAAUAAUUUGACGACAAUCCCACAAGCACUUCGUAUUCUAAGAAAGAUAGAAGUGUUAGGUUUACAUGACAAUCCGAUUAUGACCUUAGAUGCUUCCAUGAUUCAACACAUCAGUCCCGUGUUAUUCUUCAGUUUAAAUUUGACUUUGUAUAAUAGCUGGCCAGUAGAACUCAAUAAUCUCCGUGUAAAAUACGUUUAUUUGUAUGGUUACUCUGGAAAAUCGUUUCAGAAUUUCGAUGUCAAUGGCAUCGGUCAACGUGGGAUUGAGUUAGAAAUAGAAGGGAUGAACAAUGUAGAUCUAAGUGGGGUGAUUUGUAACAACAAAAUCAACGUCUCUAAGCUCUGGGUUUAUGAAAAUUACAACAUAGAUAUUAGACCUUUUGAAAGGUGCAGCCACGGAAAGGUGAUGCAAAAUAUUACGUUGUUUAUGCUUAAUAACUUAAACGUUUCAAUGGUCCCCAACUUUGUCCACACAAUGUCUAAACUAGAAUCGCUCGCUUUAACAGAUAAUAAUAUCACCGAAAUUAAUGCUAACGAUUUUCGGGGACUCACAGAGCUAACAGAAUUGUAUCUAACUAACAACCGAAUCACAACAAUACAUUUACAUGCAUUCGACACCAACACAAAACUUCGCGGGCUCCAGCUUAUUGCAAACAUGUUGACGAAUUUUCCAAAUAGUGUCGUUAAUUUAAAUCUUGAGUGGUUGGGAAUGGAUGAUAUCGAUUGCACAUGCUCCAGUUUACAAAAUCUGAAACAAGUAAAUGCAACAUUUGCCUAUGAUGUACGCUGCCUUUAUGCACCCAGCCUACCUUACACACCGUUAGUCAAAGACGCCCUCGCUGCCUGUCCCUGAUAAAAAAAUCAGUUAAAACGAUGUAAGUCGUAAAUGUUUAAUUUUAUCCAUCGAUAUCGAUAUAACACUUGGAAGUUCUUGACAACUUUUUUUCAAACAAACGCGGAUAGUUGAUGAGAUUGUGAAGAUUUUCUUUACGCAUUUUUAAUGGUGUCUCUCUUGUUUUACCACUCUGCCUUUCCUCUAUGUUAAACAUUAACCCUACCGAUUAUGGAUAUACAUAGUUUGUUUAGCUUAGUUUCAUGCAUAUAUGUUUAUAUUUUGAGUUAUCUUAGAAAUGUGAUGGGUAUGUGAAUGGUGUGCAUGUCAAAACAUAUAAUUGAUUAGAUUUGGAUUUAAAUCGGGAUAUGUAUCAAUUGUAUUGAAAUGCCCGUUACCGUGCAAUAUUGGAAUGUGUUUUGUUGAUUCAAGUAUAACUCUUAUUGAACAUGUGACGAUGUAUGGUGUUUUAUAUUUCAUAAUGUUUACAUUUUUUUUUUGUGAUUUAGUGUUCAGCUUUAGUGGAUUUGCUGAUGAACAAUAUAAAGGUGCCAUUUAAAUGCUGUACACCUGUCUUUAUUGUUACAGCGUAUG